CGGGGACUUGGCAGUAUGUGGCUCUCAGCUCUGAGUCGGAGAGGAAGCACGACUCUUUAUCACGUCAUUUGUGUUUAGGCGUUCGGCAGGAAACGGUCUUUCCUCCUGGAUUGUUGCAGUAAGACGGACGCGCUAUUUUUCUCCUGCUCAAUGCACCGCUCGGUCCAGACCACGCGAAGACCAGCCAGAAGGAAAAAUGCCUUCUUCGCAAAAAAGUGUCCCACCUUCCAUUUUCCUUCUGUUUCUGGGUGCCCUGGUGCCCCCGAGCUCGCGCUGGACUAUCCACCCGCGCCCAGCCGGUGCGCUACAAAUCCAACAGACGUUCACAUCAACGAACGAGACCAAUAACUUCGUGGUGGACGGAGACUCGCACAGGAUAUACCUGGCCACGGUGAAUGCGCUUUAUCAGCUGAACAGCACAACGCUCACAAGGGAAGUGGAGAGGCGCACGGGUCCGGUGGAUGAUAACCCGUUGUGCCAUGCGCCACAGCUCCCACAGGCUCCCUGUGAGCACCCUAAGACAUCUACGGACAAUCAUAACAAGCUCCUUGUGUUUGAUCGUGAUCAAGGUGUGCUGGUGACAUGCGGGUCUGUCUAUCAGGGCUUCUGCGAGCUACUCAGAAUGGAUAAUGUUUCACAGGUAGCGGUGGAGUUCCCACCUCGCGCUGCCAAAACUGUGUUCCCAAGUAUGCUGAACAUCGCCGCCAACCACCCUAACGCGAGCACUGUCGGGCUGGUCUUUAAAAGUCACGGAGGAAACACCCGUUUGCUGGUAGGGGCUACAUACACGGGCUCUGGUACCCCUUAUUUCCCCCAAAAUCAUAGCAAAGAGGACCUCCGUUUUGAAAACACUCCAGAAAUCGCCAUUCGGUCCUUAAACAUGAGAUAUCUCGACCGCCUUUUCACGUACGACAUCAACCCAUCAGAGGAUAACGUAUUCAAAAUCAAACAGGAAGACAAGCAGAAAAAUAAACUUAACUUUGUGCACGCCUUCACUCAAAAAAGUUACUCAUACAUUGCUCUGAAUAACGACGCAAAUACUGGGCACAAGGAAAGCCAGCCCAACAGCAUGUUGGCACGCAUCUGUUUGGAUACUGAAAGUCCUCGCCGAACAACCGCUGAAAUUCGGAAGCUCACCGAGUCUUACAUCCAAACCGGACUUCAGUGCGGGGAUGGAAACGUUUACAAGCGGUUGCUGUCGGUCUAUCCAGCCGAGAUCUUCUCGGAGGAGAAGCAACAGAUGGAGUCGGUCCUCUUUGGAGUUUUCAGCAAGUCGGAUAGGAGCCCCCAGACCGCGCUGUGCGCAUUCAGGUUUGAUGACAUCGAGGAGGCCAUACGUCAGGGCCGGAGGAGCUGCUCCAACGUGCCCAACACUGCUGAUGUGCAGGUGCUAGACAGUGUGAUUCAAGGGUCAGGUUCUGUCUGCAUCGCCAGGACAAAUAUAGUGCUGCAGCCGGAGCAGUUGAAUUGUGGCGCCGCUCACCUGCAGCACCCUCUGGCUCUGAAGAAUCCCCUGAUGGCCACGCCCAUCUACGAGUCCCAGGGCCUCAGUGCCGUCGCCGUCGACAACGUACAUGACCACACCGUCGUCUUCCUGGGCACCAGUAAUGGCAGACUGCGCAAGCUAUCUCUGUGGGGGAACCUGACGUUGGCCAGACGGCCCUGGAGCCUGAGGCUGCCUGCCAGGGAGCCGGUGCACCACAUCAUGACCUUUGACCCCAACGACAGGAACUACUUGUACCUCAUGACCUCGCAUCAUCUGCUGCGUGUGAGGGUGGCCUCGUGUGGCCAGUACACCACCUGUACUGACUGUCUGAGUGCCGGCGAUGCCCACUGUGGCUGGUGUACACUGGAGAGCAGGUGCUCCAUCCAGGAGGAGUGUGGCCAGAGCGGGCUGCCACGGGGCUGGAUCGGGAUGGGCGAGGGGACGCUGCAGUGCCCAUCCAUCACCAUCACCCCACCAGAGAUUAGCCGCUCCGCUGAUAUCAAGGAUGUGGGCAUCCUAAUCAAUGGGAGCAUUCCGGAUCUCCGGGGAUUGGUGGAGUGUGAUUAUGGGCGUGGCCUAAUCACUCGGGCCACAGUGCACCUGGGCUCAGGCACCGCCCUCAUCCAGACCUGCCCCCUGCCCCCCAGAGACAGCUACCCCAGCAUACCGGCCAACAGAGAUCACAUUACGGUUCCUGUGACCAUUAAAGUGAAUGGCACUGCCCUGGUCUCAGGAAGCUUCAUCAUCUACGACUGCGAGAAGACCGGAGAGAUCAACCCCAAAACACCGUGCAGUAGCUGUCUGAGUAACGGCUGGCGUUGUUUCUGGGACCUGGAGAGAGGCGAGUGUGUAGCGGGCAAAGAGGCGGCACAGGGAGCCCUGCUGGAGAAUUCCACUUCCUGUCCCAGUGUGAGGGCCCAGGACGUGUCCCCGUGGGCCUCUGGAGUCACCCAGGACUUCACCUUGGAGCUGCUCAACGUGGGGGAGGGAACCGAGCUGUUGUGCGAGUUUGGGAACGGGCGCUACCAGGAGGCGAGCUGGCAGCCGGGAGAAGAAGGCUUUGUCACAUGCGCUGGAGUGACGCUGAGUACCAGUCAGCAGAGCCAGCUCUUCACUCUCAGCCUCAAGAGGAAGCACAAGGCCAGAUACAUAGACAGCCCUCAGCCCAUCACAGUGGAGGUGUAUAACUGUGGUUCUGGCAGCAGUGACUGUUCUGAGUGCUGGGGUCGCGAGUACCAGGGUCACCUGUGUGCCUGGUGUGACAACACCUGUCGGCCGCGAGCGCACUGCCAGAGCUCACACACAUCGUGCCCCGCGCCAGAGAUCACCAAGGUGGACCCGCUGAGUGGGCCUCUGGAGGGGGGAACUCUGCUGACCGUGCAGGGCAGGAACCUGGGCCGCCGGGCCCAGGACGUCAGGGUGUCCAUCGGGAGCGUACCCUGCACAGUGCUGGAGGAACACUACACCGUCUCACAGAGGCUGGUGUGUAUCACUGGCGCGUCGGAGGAGCCCAUGAAGGACGUGGUGAAUAUCAUGGUGGAGGAGAACUCCAGUGGGUACUCUGUGGAAUCUUUCACUUACCUGGAGCCCAGGGUGCUCUCCAUGCAGCCCGUAAAGGGCCCUCGAUCUGGGGGCACACACGUCACCAUCACUGGGGAGCACCUGGAUGCUGGAUCCAAGGUUAAAGUCCGAGUCAAUGGCACUCACGACUGCGAGAUUUUGAGCCCUACUACGCGGUCUGCUGGCACCAUUGAGUGUGCGAUGCCGGCGGCGUCCCAGGCCAGUGAGGAGAGCGUGUCGGUGUGUGUGGAGUUUGACGGUAACCCCUGCCAUGGCCUCAGCCUCAGCAGUAACUUCAGCUACGAGGUCAACCCCAUCAUCAACACCAUCAAGCCCAACAAGAGCUACAGGAGUGGUGGGCGUCCUAUCAUGGUGAUUGGUCAGGACUUUGACCUGGUGCAGAGUGUCUCCAUGGAGGUGAUGGGGGUGGGCAGCGUGCCCUGCUCUGUCCAGUCGCCCUCCUUGAUCCUCUGCCACUCCCCACGCGCUGAGCAAUCCUUCAAGACGGAGGCUCGAUUUAAACUCAACGGCAUCUACUAUGUGGGCGAAUGGCGCGCCACACCCACGCCAGUUGGACAAGACGACGAUGGGCUGGAUCUGGAGAGGAUAUCGUCUGAGGAAGAUGAGGAGGUGGACGGGGAGAGAGAGGAGGAUGAAGAGGAGGAGGAUGAGGCGGGGCCGUACUCGGGGGUGUUCCCCAUGGAGUACGUGGAGGACCCCCAGUUCUACACCGCCUCCAAGGAGAAGGUCAUCAAGCACCACCCAGGAGAACCACUCACGCUCAUCAUCACGAAGGGUCCUACAGACCUGGAGCUGAUGCAGGAUGAGUACUCGGUGACGAUUGGCUCCUACCCCUGUGACAUCAGCUUCCACAACGACCAGCUGUUCCACUGCACCCUCAACGUGUCCCUCAGCUCCAGCGACACAGAGCUCCCUGUUACUGUGUGUGUGGGGAACCUGAAGAGUGUGAUAGCGCGUGUGCAGCUGGGCAGUAAGGAGCUGGCUAUCGUCAUCUCCAUUGUCUGCAGCGUGCUGCUCUUAUUCUGCACUGUGGCCCUGGUGGUGUACUGCACUAAGAGUCGGCGUGCGGAGCGCUACUGGCAGAAGACCCUGCUGCAGAUGGAGGAGAUGGAGUCCCAGAUCAGAGAGGAGAUACGCAAAGGUUUUGCGGAGCUGCAGACGGACAUGACUGACCUGACCAAAGAGCUGAACAGCAGCCAGGGCAUCCCCUUCCUGGAGUACAAGCAGUUCGUCACACGCACAUUCUUCCCCAAAAUGUGUUCGGACUAUGAGAACAGCCUGGUGCAGCCGGUGUAUGAGAACGACCCCCAGGGACCCAGAGCCGUCCCCGAGACACACCCCCUACUCCAAGACUGGCAGGCCUCCAACAACGGCCGUCCCAACAUGGAGGAGGGCAUCACCCUCUUCUCCACGCUGCUCAACAACAAGCACUUCCUGGUCACCUUCGUCCACGCCCUGGAGCAGCAGAAGGACUUUGCCGUCAGAGACAGGUGCAAUCUAGCAUCGCUGCUCACUAUCGCCCUCCAUGGCAAACUGGAGUACUACACCAGCAUCAUGAAGGAGCUGCUGGUGGAUCUGAUCGAUGCCUCUGCCUCCAAGAACCCCAAGCUGAUGCUGCGGCGCACGGAGAGCGUGGUGGAGAAGAUGCUCACCAACUGGAUGUCCAUCUGCAUGUACAGCUACCUCAAGGAGAGAGUAGGGGAGCCCUUCUUCCUCCUGCUGUGUGCCAUAAAGCAGCAGAUCAACAAGGGCUCCAUUGACGCCAUCACGGGCAAGGCUCGCUACACCCUCAACGAGGAGUGGCUGCUCCGGGAGAACAUCGAGGCCAAACCACAGAACGUCAACGUCUCGUUCCAGGCUUGUGGCAUGGACUCUGUGAGUGUGCGAGUGAUGAACACCGACACCAUCUGCCAGGUGAAGGAGAAGAUCCUGGAGGCCUUCUACAAGAACCUGCCCUUCUCCCAGUGGCCACACUCCCAGGACGUCGACCUGGAGUGGUUCCCCAGCGGAGGAGGCAGUCGGAUCCUGCAGGACCUGGACAACACUUCAUUGAUGGAGGACGGACGCAAGAAGCUCAACACCGUCAUUCACUACCAGAUCCCUGAGGGAGCAGCUUUGGCCAUGAGCAUGAAGGACAAGAGAGAAAACACACUGGGAAGAGUGAAAGACUUGGACACAGAAAAAUACGUCCAUCUGGUGCUUCCUCAUGACGAGCUGAUUGAGACCAGGAAGAGCCAUCGCCAUAGCCAUCGUAAGAAGGUGCUGCCAGAGAUCUACCUGACGCGCCUGCUCUCCACCAAGGGCACGCUGCAGAAGUUCCUGGACGACCUGUUCCAGGCGAUCUUGACGAUGCCUCAGGAGCGCCCCCCGCUGGCCGUCAAGUACUUCUUCGACUUCCUGGAGGAGCAGGCGGACAAGAGGGGCAUCAGCGACCCUGAUACACUGCACAUAUGGAAGACAAACAGCUUGCCACUGCGUUUCUGGGUGAAUAUUCUGAAGAACCCGCAGUUUGUGUUUGACAUUGACAAGACGGACCAUAUGGAUGCCUGUCUGUCAGUGAUUGCCCAAGCCUUCAUCGACGCCUGCUCCAUCUCAGACUUGCAGCUGGGCAAGGACUCCCCCACCAAUAAGCUGCUGUAUGCCAAAGAGAUCCCGGAGUACAAGAAGCGCGUGCAGGGCUACUACCGGCAGAUCCAGGAGAUGGCGCCGCUGAGCGAGCAGGAGAUGAACGCACACCUGGCCGAGGAGUCACGGAAAUACAGGAAUGAGUUCAAUACCAACCUGGCCCUGACUGAAAUCUACAAAUAUGCCAAGAGAUAUCGCAAUCAGGUGGUGAAUGCUCUGGACUCCAACCCCACGGCUCGCCGCACCCAGCUGCACCAUAAGUUCGAGCAGGUCAUCGCCCUGGUGGAGGACAACAUCUACGAGUGCAGCAGUGAGGCCUGAACAGGACUGGCCAAUCACGUGCCUCCGUGCCAACACCGUGCCAGUCACUGGGGUUCAGAACUUCCUGCUUAAUGAGACUUUGGUCCAAACGACGGGUCGGGGAGGGGGCGGGGCGAUCAAGGGUGGCGAACCAACCAGGGUGGGAGAAUGGGAAAAGCCAUGGAAUGUGGUUGGACGAUACUGGACGAGGUCACAGAUUGGGAUUGAAUGGAAUGGACUGACAAGACAGGACAAGGGGAACCGGAGAGAGAUGAAGACCAUGAAGACUCAUCUCUCAUCUUUCUCUCUCUCUCUCUCUCGCUCUUCUCAUCUCUUAUUUCUGUUGUGCGUGCGUGUAUAGGUGACGACGUGAACAUACUUCACACUGUCCUUCCACACGCAUACGCUCACAAUGUUCCCUGCUGACGUGGGCUAAUUUGUAGGGACCAUAGAUAUCUAUUUACUGUCACCAUAUAGGGCUCUAUGGUCUAUAUAUAUGUGCAUUAACCAUUGAUUGAUAUGGCAGAUAUCUAUGGUAUCUACAUAGAAAAAGCCAUACAUAGAUAUCUACGGUGGGGAUCGUAGGUAGAUGUACAUGCAGUAACCAUAGAGAGAUGUCUGUGGUAUCUAUAUAGAGAAACCAGAAAGAUAUCUAUGGUGGGGAUCUUAGAUUUGCAUAGAUAUGAACACUAGAUGCCGUCUUUUGCCUCUUGGCUUGGCCCAACCCCGGGAGCCGCCAUAUUGGGCGGGUAUUAUAUGUUUUUCAUGAUGUUACUGCCACCUACAAGGUAAUGUGUGUAUCGUUUUGUCACGCUUGAUGGCAGCAUAAUACCGACUAAACAUGGCGGCGAUCUGACUGGAGCCAUUCGUUCCAAUACAUAGGAAUGGCCAAAGCGGCAUCUAGUGAUGAGAUCUAUGAUAGAUUAUGUACAUGCAGUAAGUACCAUAAAGAAGUAUAUCUAUGGUGCAGUAGGGAGGGUUGGAAGUGAGUGUGGGGGGCUGGUGGCGCUGGAACCUGUGGUUCCUCAGCCUUGUUUUAGCACUGACCUGCUCGGAGAGCUGUUGAUGCACUGGACUGAACAUUUUACUGUCCUUACAGAAUAUUUAUGUCUUACAGAGGGCGGGGGCGACUCUUCUGUCAAUAGGAAAAAAGGGGAGUCGUAUUUUUAGUGAAAAUAAAAGACAAAAAAUGGAACCUCCCCUCAACCUUUUCAUUGUAGUCUGCACUGUUCUCAGGUCUGAUUGUCCAAAAGGUGAUUUUUUUUUCUUUUAUGGUGCUUCAAAGUUAAGAUAUGCCUUCUCUGCUCUAUUGCAUACAAAUCCCAUCAUGCUUUGCUUGCUGGUUAGGAAAAGACAAGGGGGGAGUGUGUGUGUUUGUGCGUGUGUGUGUGCGCUUGUGUGUGUGCGUGCGUACGGUUCCUCAUCUGCUCUGGUAUAGGCCCAUAUGUUAGCCCAUGGGAGACUGUGUGUGUGUGUGUGUGUGUGUGUGUGUGUGUGUGUGUGUGUGUGUGUGUGUGUGUGUGUGUGUGUGUGUGUGUGUGUGUGUGUGUGUGUGUGUGUGUGUGUGUGUGUGUGUGUGUGUGUGUGUGUGUGUGUGUGUGUGUGUGUUGCAAGCAUAUGUGUGUAGUUGUGGAUGUGUGUGUGUGGAUGUGUGCGUGUGUUUGUGGAUUGUGGAGGGCUUUUUUAGUACCUUUAAGGAUCUGUUUGGUGAUAACCUGUAACUAGGCAAUGUGUUAAUGUAAUAUCUAGUGUACAAAUGAAUGCUUCUUUAAAGAAAGAGGGAAAUUUUAUUAAAUACAACUACUAUGAAGUUUUAAUUCUUUUUUGAUUACUAGAGACAAUGUCAUGCAUAAAAAGCCUGAAUCUACGCUGCCUCCUUGU